GUGCCCGGCAGGGGACGCGCGCGGGUCGGGACUACCGCUCCCGGCGUGCGGCGCGGCGCUGCGGCAGGUCCUGGGCUGCCCGGCCGCGCCUGCGGGGCCGCGGGGAGAGGCGAGGCGGGGCCGGGGAGAAGCGGAGCGGAGCGGGGCGCUGGGGCUGCUCGGGGAGUCCCGCGGGCGCCUCCCGGCCCGACCGCCGCGCCGAGCCGCGCCGCGCCGCCCCGGUGCCGCCGCCCCCGGCGGGGCGGGGAGGCGGGUCCCGCCGCGAUGCGGCUGCCCGUGCGCCGCCGCUGUCGCCCGCCCGCCGCCGCCUCCUGAGCGCCGCCGCAGCCAUGGAGCGGAGGGCGGAGGCGCCGCCGCCGCAGGGCCUCGACUUCACCGUGGAGAACGUGGAGAAGGCUCUCCAUCAGCUGUAUUAUGACCCAAACAUCGAGAACAAGAACUUGGCUCAGAAAUGGCUGAUGCAGGCACAGGUGUCCCCCCAAGCAUGGCACUUCAGCUGGCUGCUUCUCCACAUGGACAAGGUACCCGAGAUCCAGUACUUUGGUGCCAGCGCUCUCCACAUUAAAAUCUCCCGUUACUGGAACGACAUCCCGGCUGACCAGUAUGAGAGCCUCAAGUCGCAGCUCUUCACCCACAUCACGCGCUUCGCCAGCGGCUCCAAGAUCGUGCUGACGCGGCUGUGCGUGGCGCUGGCCUCCCUGGCGCUCAGCAUGAUGCCAGAGGCCUGGCCCUGCGCCGUGGCAGACAUGGUGCGCAUGUUCCAGGCGGAGGACUCCAACGUGGACGGGCGGGCGCGGUGCCUGGCGCUGCUGGAGCUGCUGACGGUGCUGCCUGAGGAGUUUCAGACCAGCCGCCUCCCGCAGUACCGCAAGGGCCAGGUGCGCAGCGUGCUGGCGCAGGAGUGCGGCUCUGUCUUCCCUUUGCUGGAGCAGCUGCUGCAGCAGCAGGACUCCCCGGGUUUCAUCAAGCAGAAGGUGCUGAAGUGCUUCUCCAGCUGGGUUCAGCUGGAGAUCCCGCUGAUGGACUGCGAGAACCUCAUCCAAGCAGCUUUCACCUCUCUGCAGGACCCAGAGCUCUUUGACACAGCAGUGGAGGCUGUGGUCAAUGCCAUUUCCCAGCCCGAUGCCCAGAGGUACGUGAACACCCUCCUCAAGCUCAUCCCGCCCGUGCUGGGGCUCCAAGAGCAGCUGCGGCAGGCGGUGCAGAGCGGGGACAUGGAGACGUCGCAUGGAAUCUGCCGCAUUGCUGUGGCCCUGGGGGAGAACCAUUCCCGAGCCCUCCUGGACCAAGUGGAGCACUGGCAGAGUUUUCUGGCCCUGGUCAACAUGAUCAUGUUCUGCACUGGCAUCCCUGGACACUACCCCGUCAACGAAACCACCAGCUCCUUGACCCUCACCUUCUGGUACACGCUGCAGGAUGAUAUCCUCUCCUUUGAGCCAGACAAACAGGCAGUGUACCAGCAGGUCUACAGGCCUGUCUACUUUCAGCUGGUGGAUGUGCUGCUGCACAAAGCCCAGUUCCCCUCCGAUGAAGAAUAUGGCUUCUGGUCUUCGGAUGAGAAGGAGCAGUUUCGGAUAUACAGGGUGGACAUCUCUGACACGCUGAUGUACGUGUAUGAGAUGCUGGGUGCCGAGCUCCUGAGCAGCCUCUAUGACAAACUGGGACGUCUCCUGACCAACACGGAGCAGCCGUCCACGUGGCAGCACACGGAGGCCUUGCUCUAUGGCUUCCAGUCCAUUGCUGAGACCAUCGAUGUAAACUACUCGGAUGUGGUGCCCGGCCUGAUCGGCCUCAUUCCCCGGAUCAGCAUCAGCAACGUGCAGCUUGCUGACACCGUCAUGUUCACUAUUGGAUCCCUGUCUGAGUGGCUGGCUGAUCACCCUGUCAUGAUUAACAACGUGUUACCACUGGUGCUUCAAGCCUUGGGCAACCCUGAGCUCUCCAUCUCCAGUGUCUCCACUCUGAAAAAGAUCUGCCGAGAGUGCAAGUACGACCUGCCACCUUAUGCUGCCAACAUUGUCGCUGUGUCACAGGAGGUGUUGAUGAAGCAGAUUCACAAGACAAGCCAGUGCAUGUGGCUGAUGCAGGCUCUUGGUUUCCUGCUUUCUGCACUGCAAGUGGAGGAGAUCCUGAAGAACCUGCACUCCCUGAUCACCCCCUACAUCCAGCAACUGGAAAAGCUGGCUGAUGAAACGCCCAAUCCCUCCAACAGGCUGGCCAUCAUCCACAUCCUGGGCCUGCUUUCCAACCUCUUCACCACCCUAGACAUCAGCCACCACGAUGAUGACCAUGAAAGCACCGAGGUCAAAAAACUGCCAGUGCAGCAAGGACCCAACCCAGUGGUGGUGGUUCUGCAGCAAGUCUUCCAGCUCAUACAGAAGGUUCUCAGCAAGUGGCUGAAUGAUGCCCAGGUGGUGGAGUCUGUCUGUGCCAUAUUUGAGAAGUCUGUGAAGACCCUCCUGGAUGAUUUUGCCCCCAUGGUGCCUCAGCUGUGUGAGAUGCUGGGGCAGAUGUACAGCACCAUACCCCAGGUCUCUGCCAUUGAACUCACACGGCAGUUGGUUCACAUCUUUGCCCAUGAGCCUGCCCACUUCCCUCCCAUCAAGGCCCUCUUCUUGCUCGUUACCUCAGUCACACUGACCCUGUUCCAGCAAGGGCCCAGGGAUCAUCCUGAUAUUGUUGAUUCAUUUAUGCAACUCCUGGCACAGGCUCUGAAAAGGAAGCCGGAUCUCUUCCUGUGUAGCAACCUGGAUGUCAAAGCAGUGUUUCAGUGUGGUGUCCUUUCACUGAAGUUUCCAGAGGCCCCAACAGUCAAAGCAUCCUGUGGUUUUUUUACGGAGCUGCUGCCCCGCUGUGGAGAGAUCGCCCCGGUGGGACAGGUCGUGCAUGAGAAUGGCAAAGCGCUGCUGCAGGCAGUGCUGGAGGGCAUCGGUGGCCAGGCUUCCCGCAGCCUCAUGGAUCACUUUGCAGAAAUCCUCUUUGCCUUGAACAAGCACUGUUUCAGCCUCCUGAGCGUCUGGAUCAAGGAGGCCAUGCAGCAGGAUGGCUUCCCCUCGGCCCGAGUAACUCCGGAGCAGAAGGAAAACUUCAGCCAGCAGAUCCUCAGAGAGCGUGUGAACAAGCGGCGAGUGAAGGAGAUGGUGAAGGAGUUCACCUUGUUGUGCCGAGGGCUGCAUGGUACAGAAUACACAGCAGACUACUGAGCACCUGGCCAGGACCGCGGACGAUUUGCCUGGACCAGCUCUUCCCCACAAGGAAAAGCCCCCCCAUCCUCCCUGCCCUGCUGCAGUACGGCUCAUAGAAUAACCCUCCACCUAGAAUUAACCCACUCGGGACGCUCCUCAGCUAGAUUUGGUGGCCGCAUCUCGGUGUCAGCAUCUUUGUUUCCCCCAGCAUGCUCCCUCCUCGCAGGGAACAGGAGUGCUGGCUGCAGGAGGUGGUGGCGGGGCAGGGGAAGCCUGGGCAGAACUGCCCCAGCACAGGCUGCCCCAUCCCCGGGCUACCAGCCCCUCCCCAGCCCUUCCCUGCAGCAGGGAGGCCACCCUGUGCCUGCAGCAGUGGCUGGCUGGGCGGGGGGGGUUUGCCCCCUGCUCGUUUGUACGUGUGGUUGGGAGGGGGGAGGCCCUGCACCUAAUUAUAUUAAGAAUAUUUCUA